CUCGUACAAGUGUGCGAUUACAAUAUGCCCUCCACUCGCAUCAGACCCGUCGAGAAGUUCGCCAGGGCCACCGCCAAGUGCUCGACAGAGGCGGCCGCGUAUGGCAAAUGCGUGGUGGCGGACUACAAUGCGGUGCAGAAGGACAUGUGCGCCAAGGAGUUCCUCAGGCUCAAGGAUUGCUUUCUAGUAGGGCCCCUGCCAUCCACGGGCCAGAAAGCACGGCCAGCUAACAUGACUCCAACCAGGCGGCCUCGAAGAAGGCUUAAUGGUGGAGAGCCACCGUGACACUCGGUUUAGGCGCAUGGGGGAAGGGGGGGGUUAAGCAUGCAUGGC